AUGUCAUAUACUAAUGAAACUAAAUUACAAUUUUCACUUACAUUUUAUUAUUAUGUAUCUUAUCUUGGAGAUUGUGAAAAAAUUGAUAAUCCAAAUAAAUAUGGUAAACCAUUAUCAGUACCAGAGAGAUGGGAACAAAUUCCUAUGUUAUGUUUAACAUUUAUUGCAUUUAUAGUAAAUGCUAUAUCAUUAUUUAUAUUUAUAUUUGGAGAAUUCUUUAUAAAUCGUUUAUCAACAAAAAAUGAUAUUAAAACAAGAACAAUAUCAUCAAUAUUAUCAAAAAAUCAAUCAAAAAAACCUAAUCGAUCAAGAAGUUCUUUUUUAACAAGUUUAAUUAUUUUAUGUAUAUUUGAAGUUAUAUUUAGUUUAUUUGCAUUUUUAUUUAAAUUAAUUGAAAUAUUUUCACCAUAUUUUAUUUAUCAACAAAUACCAUUAUAUAUAAAUAAUCAUAUACCACCAGAUAUAAAAAUAAUUAUAAUACCAAUGAUACAAAAUAUAUUUAUGUUUCUUGCUGAUAUUGGUUUAAUGUGUAGAAAUUGGUGUAUAUGUUUAAUAACAAUUGCACGUGCUGAAGUUGUUAUAUGGCCAUUAGGUUCAAAAUCAUGGCAAUGUAUAUUAAGAAAUCCACAUUAUAUUGGUAUAUUAUGUUAUGAUAAAAUAAAUCAAACAUAUGGUUUAUGGUCAGAAGAAUAUUAUUGGAGUUAUGAAGUUUUUUCAAAAUAUUUAACAUUUAUUGUAUUACCAUAUCAAGCAGUUAUACCAUGGUUUAUUAUUACUAUAUUUACUACAUUUAUUUUAUUUCGAUUAAAACCAUGGAAAAAUGAUAAAAAUUUAAUUUUAUUUACUAAUAAUACAAAAUCUUUAGAUGAUAUACCUGAUAUACAAAAAUCAGAACAACAACAACAACAACAAUGUUGUAUACAACAAGAUGCUUUAAAGAAACGUCAACAAGGUCAAAUUAAAGCAACACGAAUUGUAUUAGUUGUUGCUAUUUUAUUUGGUUUAUUAGAAUGUAUGCUAUUUAUUGUAUCAAUAUGUCAAACAGCAAAACUUAUAACUAAUAAUUCUCUAAAUCGUAAAUUAGAAACAAUUGGUAAUACAUUGGUAGCAACUGAUUCUAUAUGUAAUUUCUUUAUAUUUAUAUCAUUGAUGGUAUAUUUUCGUCAAUUAUUUGCAAAAAUAUUUCUUUGUAAAGAAAUUAAUCAAAAUAUGAAUACUACUACUACCACUACUACUACUAAUAAUAAUAAUAAUAACACUAUUAAUACUGCUGUUUCACAGAAAAACACAUCAUAUACUUCUAUUAAUCAAACAUAUAUAACUAAUGUAAAUGAUGUGAAUAAAUUGAAUAGUUAA